UUACAGAUGGGGUAUGAUAAAUGUAUGAUAAAUGUUAUUUCUCCCAGCAUGCAACAAUAUUCUCUUUCAACAAAAGGAAAACUGAAUAAAUGCAUGAUGUGUGUAAAACUCAACUGGGAUCCACACACACUAUUUAUUGAACAAAUAUUGCAUUGUAUAAAAUUUACAAAUAAGGUAAAAAAACACAGGAUAACCAGAGAACUGAGGCUAGAAACGCAGGUGACACUCAGCAAAGAAUGACUAUAGUUGCUGGCUUAUAUAAGCAAAGACAGUGAGAUCGUAUUUCCAAAAUGACAACACAGAACAUUUUACAUAAUCUAAAUCUGUGUUUCUAUAGCAACAAUAUCAAAGCCAAACAUCCUAAUAACAAUCAGAAAGAUUAAAUCUUUUGAAUUUUAUGGCAGAUUUGCCUACAUCAGAAUUUAACAACAUCAGUUUGUGACCGUAGCCAUGCAUAUGUGUACGGUAUGAUGUAGGAUGUGUGUAUAUUAUUAUACUGUCAUAUUGUGGGAUUAAUUCUAUUGUCCUAUGUGUGUGAGAAUAUGCAGUUCUGUCAGUGUGAAGAUCUAAGCCGUCGUCUUCUAUGAUGUGUAAUGUUCAGACUGAAUAGUCCAGAUUAGGUGAUGAUACUAUAAUGGAGGUGUGUGCUCAGUGUUCAUGUCUGGGAGAUUUGUGAGGCCAUGUAGAUAUUUGUGUAGUAAUGUGUUAUUGUGAGGUGUGAAUGGCCUCUUGAAGAGCUGUCACACCCAUCUCCCGCAAAUCAGGUUAUAUUCUAACAAUUUCCCUGUCUGGCUUGAUGUAGAUGGUACCUGAAGUCUUCCUGAUAUCUGACCUCAAAGAAAUUGCAGUCAUCCUGAGACAGAAAUAAAAAGUAGAGAGAACCACAGUUAAUUUUGAAUUUAUCAUCAACUUCAUGUUGAGACAUGUGGAAUUACUGUAUCAUCAUCAUCAUGUAUUGUCAUUUUAAUUCCAGAUGUCACAUGAAACUGGGUUUUGUUGGUAAGAUGUUUUGUUGCUGCUGUUUCUGAGUGUGUAACACCUGAUUCUGCUCUUGACAGACUGCUGUAUCAUGAGCAUUAGAGACCAGUUCUGCUGGGGGAGUUUUCCAGAUUAAUUGGAUGCCAUGUUAAAUUAAAUCACUCAGACUUAGGAGAAAUAGGAGAAAAUCUAAUUCUAUACUUACCAACAUGUUGUUGCGGGACCCUAAACUUAGUUAAAGCAUUCGAACGCUCCCUUUAGAAAAAAAUUAUCUGUCCGCGUUCAUACAUGAUAAAACCCAGGCUAAAAUGUCAUUCAUCUUACCAAAUGCUGAACCCUUACAAGGUCAGAAUCAAAGCCAACAUACAUACCAUGGAGAAAGAUAGAAAAGAGUGCCUGCCAGGAAAAGCGUCAGGCACAAUCAGGCACUGUUAAUCAGCCACACAAAGAGGGAGGGUGGAAGGAAAACGGGGCCUAAAACCCACCGCAGCAGAUACCGAAACCACCAGCCAGGAGGAACAGCAGUAUCCCAGAGGGGAGUCGUACCUGAAAUACUGGUAUGAGACGCUUAUGUAUGUGCGUAACACAACGCUAAUUACUCAUGUCACAACCCGCAGCAAUAACGCAUGCCACACUGAUCAUCCUUCCUCGUGAGAUUCAAGACAAAACGGUGAGACUGCAGUAAAAUAAAACUCCCUAAAGAACCUUUCAGUGAACAGGUCUUAAAAGAAUCACUCUUUUUUAGUGCAAAGAACUGUUUUCCACCCUAAAAACUUUUGUGGAAUGAAAAAUUUCCAUGGAUGUUAAAUGGAACCAUCAAUGCCUAUAAGCAAACUUGACUUGUAAGAGCUUUGUUUAAAAAAAUGUUCACACCAAUUUUGUCUUAUCCAGCUUGAAAAGGCACUGACCUACGAGAAGCUGAUGGAGUGGACCAAACCCAGCAAGAUGCUCCAAGAGGAAGUUGAAGUAUGGAAGUAAUAUGGAGGAAAUCUAAGAUAUGAAGAGUCUUCUGAUCAGCAAGGGAAUGGAGGAUGUGUUUGAUAGGCAGAAGGUCAAUCUUUAAGUGUCAUUGUAGACAACGGCUGUGAACGGGACUUUUAUUUUGUCGGCGGGCGCUGUGACGUCAUAUGCCCGCGUCACCGCUGCUCUGUUUUGAUCCUGCUGAAGAGAGACAGAAAUAAGCGAGAUGGCGUUUAUUAAACAGGAGAGUGAAGACCUGAGGAUUGCUAAAGUAUUCAGCUUGAAACGAGAAGAGACUGAGGUACAAACAGGAUAAAAGAGCCUCAGACACUUUGAUUUCCUGAGAAUCAGACAGUGCAAACAUACAGACAUCUUCAAGACGCCCCACAGAGCGCAGGCUUAAGAAACGACCUGCACAUUUGGUUCUUUGUAAAACCCCUCCUUCCACUCAGCUUGCUUCAUAUAUGCCAGGAAACACACAAAAAGUGUGCAUUGGAUGCAACACCCUAAUAAGUGUUGCAUUCAAGACUUGUCCGCUUUGCAAACAACUGCAGCCAUAUAAAGCCAAAGUAGCAGCAAGGAGAUGCAACUUUCAAAACAAGAAAGCUGAGUGGAAGAAGUCAAUCAAGAAAAACAACAACAGGACAGUUGUCCUUAAUGGCAGCCACGUGUUGCUUGACAAACUUGCUGCCCUUGAUUUCUUCCCCAUACUUCUUUUGGCAAAGAAGUUCAAGAGAAGCUUGGUGGCCGAUGUCAUCCUGGGAGGGGAUUAUGUUUUGGAUCCUGAUUUGCUCCAGAGGGUUAAAUCAAUGUAUGAAGCAGUGCUAAAGAUUCACUUUCAAAGACAGAAGAAGGCCACAAGUAGCACAGAAACUGCUGACCCUCCAGAAGCUACCAGCACUGAUGCCUCCAGCCCUCUAGAAGAUAUCGGUACCGAUGCCACCAUCCCUCCAGAAGCUACCGCUAGUCCUCCAGAAGCUACCAGCACUAAUGUCUUCAGCCCUCCACCAGGUAUCAGUACGAGUCCUUCAGAAGCAGCUGCCACCAGUCCUCCAGAGGUCACCAGCACUGAUGCCUCCAGCCCUCCAGAAGCCACACGACCCCGGGACCAGAAGGGCAAAAAAAGACCUAGAAAUCCAGUCCAACAGAAGGGAGCCAGCAAGAUGGAAAAAAAAAAGUAUGAGUGUCCAGAGUGUUCUACGAGAGUGAGCCAAAACAAUUUUGACUACUCCAAUGUUUUAAAAAGAAGAGUGAGAAAGGGACCAGAGGAGGUCCUCAUUCGUUGGGGUUCCAUGCCAUGCCAGACUUGUGGAACCAAAUGGAAAGACACCUUCCCUUCAUGAAGAAUGAAUCUUAAAAAAUAAACUUGAUUAAGCUAACUUACUUUGUAGUAUGGUGGUUUAUGUAGCAGGUUUGAUUUUGUAAACAUCCAUGUAGAAAUCAUAUUCCAAGUUCUUUGCUUGUUGAUUCCCUAAAAUGUACAUGAUUUGAUCUUUACAAAUAACUUAAAUAAAAAUGCUGUGCUAAA